AUGAGUCGAAACGGCUGGUCCACCACCUCGACGCCGGGCAGUGCCCGACCGGUGUACGGGGCCCAGUAUCCCCCACUGCAGAGCAUCUCGGGCAGCCCGGUAAAAAGUAGCCCAAUUACCAAGCCGAGCCCGCACAACAAGUUUGCCGACUAUGAGAAUAGCGUAUCAGAUGCGUGGGACUCGCGCGUGGUGCUGGACCAGGGAGCAGCCUGUGCCAGCGCGGCCGCCGUCCUUGCCGCACAUGCCGCCUCCCGGGAUGAUACGAUCAUGCCGCCCGUCAGCGCUGCGCCGACAAAGAACAGCAAGACGCAAGCUAUGCAACGGCUCGCCAUUCAGAAAGAGCCCCUGCCAUCGGCCUCAACACCCACACAACACAAUCAAGUAACGCCCUCGCCAAUUUACCCAAGACUCCCCGAGAUUUCCACUGAUGACAAGCUGCAUCCGGAUAAAGGCAAGGAUCGCGAUGCCGCGCGAUUCGAAAGACUACGGAAAGUUCUGGCGGCCCGGAAGAACAGCAAUGGCGGCCGAGCCGGUUCACCACCCGGAGAAAUUGAUAUGGAACGGCUGCGGGACGACUGUUGGAUGGGCAUCCCACAUAAAUUACGCCCGACGGCAUGGCGGCUUUUAUCGGGCUACCUUCCUCCAAAUCAAGCCCGCCGCGAGAUCACGCUACAACGGAAACGCGAAGAAUAUUGGCACUAUGUCGAGCAGUACUUCCAUACUCGCUUCGACGAUCACCACAAUGAUACGUUUAGACAGAUCCACAUCGAUAUACCCCGGAUGUGCCCGUUGAUUCCGCUUUUCCAACAAAAAUUGGUCCAAGAGAUGUUCGAGCGCAUCUUGUACAUCUGGGCCAUUCGACACCCGGCCAGCGGCUACGUGCAAGGUAUCAACGACCUGGUGACGCCGUUCUUUGUCGUCUUCCUCAGCGAAUUCAUCCCGCAGCACGUUGAGGUUGGAACCUUCGACGUAUCCCAACUACCACGUGAACAAAUCGAACUCGUCGAAGCUGAUAGUUUCUGGUGCGUAUCAUCCCUGCUCGACUCUAUCCAGGACAACUACACCUUCUCGCAGCCCGGCAUCCAGCGGAAAGUGCUGCAGCUCAAGCAUCUGAUGUCACGCGUUGAUCGCCCCCUACACGUGCAUCUCGAGAGCAACCAAGUGGAAUACCUCCAAUUCUCGUUCCGGUGGAUGAACAACCUGCUGAUGAGGGAGAUUCCGCUGCGAGCCACGAUUCGCCUUUGGGAUACGUACUUGGCGGAACGCAACGGCUUCUCCCAGUUCCACAACUACGUCUGCGCCGCUUUUCUGCGAACGUGGAGCAAGCAGUUGCAGAGCGAGAAGGAUUUCCAGGGCGUCAUGAUUCUACUGCAAAACUUGCCCACCCAAUCUUGGAGCGACCGCGAGAUCUGCGAGCUGACGGCCGACGCAUUCUCGUUGCAAUCGGUGUUCGAUGGCGCGUCUCGUCACCUCACUUCUGGCCAAUCAAGCCCA